AUGUCUUCUUCAGCUGAAAUGGCAUCUAACAUGAAUGAAGAUGCCAGUAGUUCUGUGGAUUUGAUUCAGGCUUACCCAAAUAAAAGUCCCCCUGGAAAUGCAAAAUCUGCUUCAAAACCGAAGAACACAAAGAAAACAAUUCCCAAGAUUGCUAAAAAUAGUAACAAAGAAAAACUCCCAUCAUCACAAAUUCCAGCAACAAAUGGUCACCAGCUGGUCACAGAACACUCCUUAGAUGGCAAUCUCUCACCUACACCUGUUAAGUGCAUUCCUCGACUGGAGAAAAGUCUCUCUUCAGAUUCUUACCCUGAAAUGGCACCUGACUUUGGCGUUGAAGAUGGCGAUGCUCAGGAUAUUGCAAAUGAAGGAUGUGUUCCUGUAUCUGAUGAAGACUCCUUCUUUUUUUUCCUUUUUUUUCUUUUCUCUUUUUUCUCUUCUUUCCUUUUUUCCUUUUCCUUUCUUUUUUCUCUUCUUUUCUUUUUUCUCUUCUUUUCUUUUUCCUUUUCCUUUCUUUUUCCUUUUCCUUUCUUUUUCCUUUUCCUUUCUUUUUCCUUUUCCUUUCUUUUUCCUUUUCCUUUCUUUUUCCUUUUCCUUUCUUUUUCCUUUUCCUUUCUUUUUCCUUUUCCUUUCUUUUUUCCUUUCCUUUUUCUUUUUCUUUUUCUUUUUCCUUUUCCUUUUCUUUUCCUUUCUUUUUCCUUUUCCUUUCCUUUUCCUUUUCCUUUCUUUUUCCUUUUCCUUUCCUUUUCCUUUUCCUUUCCUUUUCCUUUUCCUUUCUUAAGAAACUAA